AUGGCGAUCAAAGAACUCAACAAUGACAGCGGCCUUCGUGUCUUGAUCGUCGGUGCGGGCAUCGGUGGCUUGACCGCGGCUAUUGCUUUGCGCCAGCAGGGUCAUCGUGUUGAGCUAUUCGAGCGAUCGCGAUUCGCCAACGAAAUCGGCGCUGCCAUCCAUUUGUCUCCAAAUGCCAAUGGAGUUCUGCAAAGACUGGGAAUUGAUGCGACCAAGUUUGGCGCUGUCGAGUGUGAAUUGUUGCGAGAGUAUACCCCAUCGGGAGAACCCGUUCACAUCACGCAAGUAAAGCAGCAUGCGGGCAUGUGGCGACACAGCUGGCUGCUCGUUCACCGCGCCCACUUCCACGAAGGACUCAAGACUGCCGCUCAAGCACCAGGCAAGGGAGAGCCCGCCGUUCUACAUACUGCCAGCAAGGUCGUCGACGUUGACCCGCACAACGCGACCGUGACUUUGGGGAACGGCGAUGUGAUCAAGGGUGAUGUCCUGAUCGGUGCCGAUGGCGUACACUCUCUCACUCGCACCAAGCUCACUCAGGACAUCAAGCCCGGCCCCUCGGGCAAGAACGCUUUCCGCUUCCUGAUCUCCCGCCAACAGGCCCUGGAUGAUCCCGAGACCAACAGCAUUGCUAAUGACUUCGGUGCCGUCGAUAUGUGGGAUUCCUCCGACCGUCGCGUGGUCAUCUAUCCUUGCUCGAACAAUGAGCUGCUGAACUUUGUCUGCAUUCAUCCGGAUUCAUUGACGACUAUUGAUGCCGGUGGUGAUUCUUACAACCAGCAGAUUGGAAAGGAAACCCUACUUGAGGUUUUCAAGGAUUUCAACCCUCAGGUGCGGAAGCUCCUCGCAAAGGCUGACCCGCAGACCCUGAAGCUGUGGCCGCUUCUUGACAUGCCUACUCUGCCCACAUGGGUGAAUGACCGUCUGGCUGUGUUGGGUGAUGCUGUUCACCCCUUCCUGCCGUAUCGUGCCUCUGGUGGUGCUAUGGCUAUUGAAGAUGCAGUUUCUUUGUCUGUCAUGUUGCCGCGAGGCAUCUCGGCCGCAGAGGUCCCGGAGAGAUUGAAGCUUUAUGAGAAGGCCCGUCAUGGACGUGCCACCACUAUCCAAGAGAUGACUCGCGAGUCUGCGCAGCUCAUCGCUCCCGAGAAGGCAUUUGGUAUGGUCGUGUACAUCUACGGCCACGACGAGUUCGACCACUCCGCCCAAGUCCUCCGCAAGCACCAGUGGUCCCAAAACCCACACAUGUACUGGCGUCAACCCAUCGUUUUCGGACCCAUGCCAGGCCCUCGCCAAGAUUUCAUGGGCAACGACCGUGCCCUGAAGUCCCUUGAAUCCACCUUCCAGACAGCCUCCAUCAAAUUCAAGACCAGCCGCACCCUGCUAAAGAACCUCUUCCCCUCUGACCGCUACAGCUUCAUUGGGCCCGGCAGCGUCGCCCGCGCCAGCUUCUCCCAGACCACCCUGAACGGCAUGGACUGGCUGGGCGGUGGUGGCUACCGCCAUAUUGGCCUGUACAUCCACGGAGUGCAGUAUAAGAAGGAAAACGGCGAAGUGAUCAAGGGUACUUACAUGCCCAUUCUAUUCGAGAGUCUGGCUGACCCGAUCGUUUCUGGUCGGGAGGAACUCGGUAUGCCGAAGCUCUACACUGCUAUUGAUAUCCACGAGCGCAACAACUCGUACCGGUAUCAGACGAGCUGGCAGGGUGCUGUGUGGGGACACUUUGAAUUGGAGGAUUUGGAAGACGAAGAUCCAGCCGCGGAUAAGGGUACUAUUGGUGGUGAAGAUGAUGAGGGUAUUUUGGUUUAUCGUUAUAUUCCCAAGGUUGGUCGGGUCACUAAGGGUGAAGCUGAGGCGGAGUAUCCUGUUUUCGUUCCCCAUGCGCAGGAAUCGAAGGUUGUUCCGUCCAAGGUGACGCGCCUUCGUCGGACGAAGAAUGCUAAGAUUGAGAUUAAUGCUCUUGGGUGGGAUGCGUUGCCAACUUUGAAUCAUGUUGUGUCUCGUCUGGGUGAAAUCCCUAUUGAUGAGAUUAUUGAUGCUAAGAUUACUGAGGGUCGGGGUGUGCCUGAUGUGUCCAGCGCUCAAAGGAUUGAGUGA